CGACUAGUAGUACUACUACCUAGACAGCACGAGUCGCCCAUCAACGUUUCCAGUGGUCCGGAAUGCUGCUGUCCCGACGAUGCACGAUCUUUGCGGCGAAGAAGCGAGCAUGCUUCUCGACGACCAGCAGCAACAAUACCAAGCUGCCGACCCCGCUUGAUGCACCGACGUCGGGGCUUGGCCUGGGCACCGCCGUGCUUUUCGGUGGUCUGUUUGCCGCGGGGUACUUUGUCGGCACGUCCAUCGGCGUGUUGCCCAACUACCAAUCCAUCAAGCGCCAAUUCGGACUCGGGAACGACGUCGAGUUGAACGUGCGCUCCAAGGUGUUCUUUGACGUAUCGAUCGACGGCCGCGACGCCGGGAAGGUUGUCAUGGGCUUGUACGACGACGUCCAGCCCAAAACGGUCGCCAACUUUGUGGCGCUGUGCACGGGGGAAGCCAGUCUUCCCAACCAGCCCUUGCACUACAAGAACAGUCCGUUCCAUCGCAUCAUCCCCAACUUCAUGAUUCAAGGCGGCGACUUUACCAAUGGCGACGGCACGGGCGGCAUGUCCAUCUAUGGCGCGCGGUUUGCCGACGAGGACUUGUCCGUGCCCCAUGGCGGCGCCGGAACUCUCAGCAUGGCGAAUGCAGGACCCAACACGAACGGCAGCCAGUUUUUCAUUUGCACGGCCAACACCGAGUGGUUGGAUGGCAAGCAUGUUGUGUUUGGGAAAGUGAUUCAAGGCAUGGAUGUGGUCGAGAAGGUGUCGUCGUACGGGGCGUCGCCACACGGCCGGCCGUCCGCAGACAUUCGCAUCAAGAACUGCGGACGCUACACGGACGAAGAAGAAGCCGAGGCCGUCGAGACAUCGUCUGCCGCGACCAGUGUGGAGGAGAUGCAAGAGCGAUUGGACACGCUGCGUGAAGUGGAAGCGCAGUUCAAGGACAAGAAGGACUCGGUGGAUGCGACCUUGUACAGCCAAGUGCUGGGGGACAUUGUCGCAGAAAAACGACGCUUGAAGCUCGAGUUGAAGAAGGCCAAGAAAGAAAGCACGACUUAAAAGAACGAAUUAAAGAACAGACGAGAGGUGGAGUGGUGACGUUGCAGCAACGACGGCGUUGAUGGAAUUUUAUAUAUUAAAAGCACAAAUAAAAGAAACGAGCGGUAUUAAAAGAAUGGGUA